AUGGCGGGAGCGCCAAAAUAUUCCAUUCCAGAAAUUGAGGCAGUUCGCCUGAAAAUGACUCAACUCAAUGAGUCUCAAACCCAAUUCCUUGUUAGUGCCAAUCCAGCACUGCCUGACCCUCUUUCAUGGUUCGAACAUAUUUCGCCCGACUACCUGUCAAAAUUCAAUGUACUCCUUUCAAAACACACCAAUCUCAGCAAUACCCUCAUCGACCCGAAACUUCAAAAAAUAAUGCUUCAUCCCAAUGAAUCCCUCCCGGACGAACAAGAUCUCACACUUCGUACACUUUUACGCACCAAACAAAUUCCGGAAAUUGAAGAAAUCGAGACGGAAACUAAACGGGAGAUCGCAGUUCAGGAAGGACUAUGGGAGCAAGAGUGUGACGCGGUCCAGAGCAAGGAUAAAGAGUCGGACGACGAGGAAAAGUGGGAAGUGUUGAAACAAGAGUGGCAAAAGAUUUAUGAUGAGCAUGAGGCUGUGUGUAAAAAAACGAGCACCUUUGUCGAGGAAAUUUUGGCAAAAGAGAAUUUGGAAGGAUUCAAACGGUUGCCGGAACCUGUUAUUCAGGAUGAUGAUAAAGAGCAACUUGCGUUGGAGGAGGUAUUAAGAUUCAUGUCGAGUGGAGCAAAGAAUGGAAAAAUGCCUAGUGUCUCAUUACCAAUAUAA